GUUUCGCUGCAGAUCAUCUCGUCCUCCCAGGGGCAAGGAAAUGGCUGCAAUGGAGCUGGCUCAGGGGCCGGUGACCUUCGAGGAGGUGGCUGUGUAUUUCUCCAGGGAAGAGGGGACUCUGCUGGACCCCACUCAGAGAGCCCUCUACAGAGAUGUCAUGCAGGGGAACUAUGAGACGAUGGUCUUGCUGGGCCAGAGAAUAACAUCCAUGUUUCGCUGCAGAUCAUCUCGUCCUCCCAGGGGCAAGGAAAUGGCUGCAAUGGAGCUGGCUCAGGGGCCGGUGACCUUCGAGGAGGUGGCUGUGUAUUUCUCCAGGGAAGAGGGGACUCUGCUGGACCCCACUCAGAGAGCCCUCUACAGAGAUGUCAUGCAGGGGAACUAUGAGACGAUGGUCUUGCUGGGCCAGAGAAUAACAUCCAUGUUUCGCUGCAGAUCAUCUCGUCCUCCCAGGGGCAAGGAAAUGGCUGCAAUGGAGCUGGCUCAGGGGCCGGUGACCUUCGAGGAGGUGGCUGUGUAUUUCUCCAGGGAAGAGGGGACUCUGCUGGACCCCACUCAGAGAGCCCUCUACAGAGAUGUCAUGCAGGGGAACUAUGAGACGAUGGUCUUGCUGGGCCAGAGAAUAACAUCCAUGUUUCGCUGCAGAUCAUCUCGUCCUCCCAGGGGCAAGGAAAUGGCUGCAAUGGAGCUGGCUCAGGGGCCGGUGACCUUCGAGGAGGUGGCUGUGUAUUUCUCCAGGGAAGAGGGGACUCUGCUGGACCCCACUCAGAGAGCCCUCUACAGAGAUGUCAUGCAGGGGAACUAUGAGACGAUGGUCUUGCUGGGCCAGAGAAUAACAUCCAUGUUUCGCUGCAGAUCAUCUCGUCCUCCCAGGGGCAAGGAAAUGGCUGCAAUGGAGCUGGCUCAGGGGCCGAUGACCUUCGAGGAGGUGGCUGUGUAUUUCUCCAGGGAAGAGGGGACUCUGCUGGACCCCACUCAGAGAGCCCUCUACAGAGAUGUCAUGCAGGGGAACUAUGAGACGAUGGUCUUGCUGGGUAAGGAUUCCUGUCCCUUCUGUUCUUGGAAGGGGAAAUGA